UUAAGGUGGGCGUGAUGCCUGCUUUUAAAUCUCUAUAAUUUGUUAUAAAUAAAACACGAGACGGGAAGAAGCUGCUAGAUCCUCAACUGGAAGAAUCUGGGCAGGUUUCUGAAAACGGAGUUUGAAGAUGAAGAGCGACCUCUGUGACCCUUUGCUUCUCCUCUUCAUCCUCGGCAGCAGCGGCGUCGUAGACGGCCUGGGAUCUGUGGUGGACAUUUCAUACAGACACAUUACAUAUCCUUUAACCUGGGAGACUGCCCAAAGCUACUGCAGGAGUGAAUUCACUGACCUGGCCAUCUUCUAUUCACCGUCGGAUGUAAACAAUGUGAACCUUAAGCGGUAUCUCUCCUGGAUCGGUCUGCACAAAGAGACGACUCCGUCAUCCGGUAGCGAUUGGGUUUGGUCCGACGGUCAAAACUACAGCAUCAACUGGCAAGACAACGUCACAAACAGCCAGGGAAACUGUGCUUAUGUCACAAACAGAGACAAAAAGAUCUACGUCACCGACUGUGGAAACCGUCUGUUCUUCACCUGUUGGGCGCCUGUUGUGAAUUACAUCUUUAUACUCGAGCCAAAGACUUGGCCAGAAGCGUCGGCGUACUGCAAGUCAAACUAUUUCUACCUGGCCAGUUUCUCUAGCAACUCUUUUGACAGCAUCUUCUUUGACCGGGAGAUUCCCACCUGGAUCGGACUCUACAGAGACGGAGCAUCGUGGAAAUGGAGCUGGGGAGACUCUGAAUAUACAAACUGGUUAGGACAGAUGAGUGUCAGCAGCAACUGCGGCUCGAUCUCCUCACUGAAGAAGACAACGGCUCCCCAAGACUGUGAUACUCCUCUCCCGUCCCUCUGCAUCGCAGACAAUCUGGUCCUGGUGAGGGAGAAGAGGAGCUGGGAGGAGGCGCUGGAGCACUGCAGAGGCCUCCGGUCCUCCAGCCACAGCCAGCUGCGCUACGACCUGCUCAGCCUGCAGCCUGCAGACAAUCAGCACUUCAUCAAGACCAAGGUCAUGCAGGCCGACACCGAGGAGGUUUGGACCGGCCUGCGUUUCCUGGCUGGUGAUUGGCUGUGGGUGAACGGAGCAGACAUGUUGUACACCGAUCUGCCCCUCUGCCCCGCCCCGGGGCAACACUGUGGGGUCCUGUCCAAAAGCAGCAGCAGCAGCACGGAGACCAGGGAUUGUUCAGAGGGAAAAAACUUCCUGUGUUACAGUUACACACCUGUGGUCUAAAUAAAGAUAUUUAUACGCUUAGAAAAAUCUGUUUCCUCUGACAGAAACAGAUAUUAAAGUUUAGCAAAUACCACAGAUUAUCUGUUACAUUUAGUUUACUUUAUAGGCAUAAAUAUUUAAUCAACUUUUAGUCAUCUUUGUUAUUUGGCUACAUUUUACUAUUUCCUGUGUUUUAUAACUAUAAUUCACCACAUUUCUGGGUUUAAUUUCAAAAGCCACACCCAUUUGGAAGUUCAUAAUUCAGCAAUAAGAAAAAGAAAGACGGGGCUGGAUUAAAAGUUAAAGUCCACUGCUGAGAUGUUGUCUCUAAAAUCUGAAGUUGGGAUUGUUACUUUGUUGCUUGAACCAUUUGAUCCACAAUUUUAAUUUACUUAAGAUGCCAACUCAGUUAUUGUUUUUGAAAAAAUGGCUUUUUGAAUUAUUGCAUAUAGUUAGCAAGAUUAUGCUGUUUGAAAUUAUUGUUAACUUUUGUAACUUUUACUAUUUCAAUAAUGUUGCAAAUAAUUGUGAAUUUGUUCUAUAUUGUCCAAGCUGACAAUCAAACUUUUGGCUGAAAAUUGUAUCAGAAUUUUUAGAAAAUGUAAAAACAUUUGUACACAUAUUUAACUGAGAUAUUUUUGUAGAAAUUACAAUAAUGCAAUUUAAACUAAAAAGGCUAAGGUGCAUUUUUUUUAUUUAUUUUAUUUUUUUAUUCUUGUGGGUUUACAGCAGGUAGUUUAUUUGAAUCACUGUGAUAAAGUAACGCCCAUAGUUGCAAUGUGG